GCCAGUUUUGGGACUGAAAUCUCCCUCUAGCUUUUGCUUGAGAUACCUGGAUAUCCUUUACAAUGAGCUAUUGCAAACCGGUUGUGGGCAGACACAAUGGGCUAGGUGCUUGGGGCUUGUUUAAAGCGAGGUAUUCCACUUCCAAUUCCAAUUCUCCAUACACAGUCUUCAACAGAGCGAUUAAACUAAAACAAAAAGCAAAUUCUUCGCGCAACAAGGACUAUGAUUCAGUUCAGUAUUUGAAGGACGAAUCAGCUAAAAAAUUGAUUUCAAGGCUAUCAUUUAUUAACAGAAGUUUCGAUAAUGUCAUUGAUAUUGGGUGUGAGUCAGGGAACUUUGAGAAAGUCUUGUUUGAUAACACCAUCCUGGUUUGCAAAGACCAAGAACAAAAUGAUUUCCUUAAAGAGUUUAGCAAAGAUAAGGAAGUUGUGAGAAACAAAAUAAGUAAUAUAACUAUGGUCGAUAAAUGCAAAGAGUUGCUUUUCAGAAACGAUUUUUCCUUUCCAAAUAUUUCAUUAAAUAAAUUAGUUUGUGAUGAAGAGUAUCUUGAUUCAAAAGAUUUAAUACCAGAUUCAUAUAAUUUAGCAUUGUCGAAUCUUUCAAUGCACUGGGUAAAUGACAUUCCAUCAGUAUUCAAAAAAGUCUUUUCUUUAUUAAGUCAAAAAGAUACUUUGUUUAUAGGCUCUAUUUUUGGCAACGAUACUUUAUAUGAAUUGCGAUCUUCUUUGCAGCUAGCCGAAUUAGAAAGAAAAAAUGGUAUUUCUCCACAUGUAUCGCCCUUUAUUACAGUUCAAGAUUUGGGAAAUUUAUUAAACAAAGCAGGCUUCAAAAUGCUAACAAUUGAUAUCGACGAAAUCGUUAUAAAUUAUCCUGGUUUAUUUGAAUUGCUAAAUGAUUUGCAAAUAAUGGGUGAAAACAAUUGUUUGUAUAGCAGUGAAAAUAAAAUAUCAAAGGAUACAUUAUUAGCCGCAGACCUAAUUUAUAAGAAGUUUUAUGGCAUUGAAAAUCCACACCCUGCAAUUGAUGCUGAAAGUAAGAUUUGUUUGCCUGCCACUUUUAGGCUUAUCUACUGGAUUGGCUGGAAAGAUUUAACAGGGAAUAUUAAAUCUGCUGAAAGAGGUUCUGGAACUGUGAAUCUCAAAGAUAUUUUGUAAAUUAGGUUUUCAAUGCACAUCGCAAAUUAAUGUAAAAUAAUAAAUGGAUUUUUUUUAGAGAUAUAAAUCUGAGA